CUUUCUGGUAUAAAUAUAUCUAUUAUUUACCUUAUUUAAUUAAUGCAUAAAAGUGAUUUUUAUUUAAGUUUUAUUCCUUUUUAACAAGAUUUUCCUAUCUAGUUUUACGUAUAUCUAUUUUGAAUUUUGGAAAUUUGAUAUUUCAGCCUCUAUAUAACAAGAUUGUAGAACGUAAACUUUGGCAUACACACCUUUGCGUCCUAAUCAAUCUCACAUCUUGGCUUUCUUAUUCACCUUUUCACCCGCCAUAAAAUAUGGACCUCCGAGAAUCACUGCGGAAGCAAAACGAGAUCGUACUGAGUUUGUUUAAGCACGUGAUCGCCACCACCACCGCCGGAAAACCCUCUAACCGACUCUUUUCCCCGGCGUUAAUCAAUGUCAUCCUCAGCUUUAUCGCCGCCAAGUCUCCCAGAGACAUCGAAGAAAAGAUUCUCUCUUUACUACAGGCUUCUUCGACCGACGAGCUUAACACCGUCUCCUCCAAGAUCGUAACCACCGUCCUCGCCGACAGUACACCAAGUGGCGGUCCGACGAUCGCGGCAGCGAACGGCGUCUGGAGCGAAAAAUCUGUCCCUGUCGAUCCUUCUUUCAAGGAUAUUAUAGAGAACUCGUAUAAGGCUGCUUUUAACCUAGUUGACUUUCGCAACAAGGUUCAUGAAGUGGUUGAAGAAGUGAACUCAUGGGUUGAGAAGGAGACAAAAAGACUCAUCACUGAUCUCAUCCCAAAAAACUCUGUUUCUCCUGCGACUGAUCUCAUAUUCGCCAAUGCAUUGUUCUUCAACGGAAGAUGGGAUCAAGAAUUCGAUCCAUCUCUUACAAAAGACUCCGACUUUCACCGUUUCGAUGGAACCACAGUACGUGUGCCCUUCAUGUCCGGCUACUCUUUAAGAUACGGUCUGGUAGUUUACCAAGGUUUCAAAGUCCUCAACCUACCUUACAGGGGAGGACGUGGUGACUACUACGGUCGCCGUUUCUCGAUGCAAAUCUAUCUGCCUGAUGAAAAAGAUGGGUUGCAUGCAAUGCUGGAGAGGUUAGCUUAUUGUUGUGGAUUCUUGAGUGGCGAAGGAGAUAUUCCUGGAUACUCUGCAGGUAUAGGAGAACUCAAGGUUCCGAGGUUUAAAUUCGAGUUUGGUUUUAACGCCACGGAAGCUGUCGAGGGUUUGGGUUUGGAGCUGCCGGGGGAUGUGAUCAUCCACAAGUCUUGCAUUGAGGUAGAUGAAGUGGGAUCGAAAGCUGCAGCGGCUGCUGCUGUGAUCAGUAAGGGUUGUCGUAUGCCUCCUACUCCGAAAGAGAAGUAUGACUUCGUGGCUGAUCACCCGUUUCUCUUCCUUGUCAAAGAAAACUUCAGCGGACUAGUCCUGUUCCUUGGUCAAGUUACUGAUCCUUCUAUGCAUUAAUGUGUGUUCAAAGCAUUUGCAUGUUGACUUUGGUGGAUGGUUUUUGAAACUAAUAACUUCACUUAUUCCUCUGGCUUUGUUAUCUUUUUAAGAUUUGUUUUUUUUCUUUGAAAGAAGUGUUAAAUUAAUUCAAAUCGAAAAAACCUUGUUACAAUGAUUGCUUGUUUGCUAUCUCGAACUUAUGAAUUAUGGAAGCAUUAAAAUUGAAAAAGAACCCAAGUGACUUUUGUUGGCUUCAUCAAUAUGCGAACUAAACUGGCAGAGCAACUUCAUACACUCUUCCUCCUGUGACGCACUUGCUUGUCGAUGUUGUGAUUAGCCGAGUUGGGUUCUGAGGUUGUUCACCAUGUUUUCUCAUCUUUCUUUCGUACCAAAAUGAGAAUAAUGUAGUUUGGAAGACAUAACAAAUCAAAAACAGUGACAUCUUGUCUCGCGUUGGAUCCAUCAAUAUUUCCAGUAUUUGAUACCACAUGAGUUGUAUAUUCCGUACAUAGAAAGCUUUUGAGUCAAACCGUUCAAUACUUCCUCCAAGUAUUUGCACCAGAAGAAGAGAUUGUUUCUAUUAGGGCUGGCCGUGGGGCAUUCGGGGGACCAAUCGGAUUUUGGUUCGGAUUCAAUCGGGUUUCGGAUUUUCGGUUUUAUGAUUUCGGCCCAUUAGGAUAGCAUAAAAUUAUUGGCAUUUUAAACAAUUCAAAAUUACAUGAACUUUGUUAGUUGGUGUUAAUGUUAGAGAUGAGGUCUUGCAAAAUGUCUUCUAGCAAUGGCUUAAACAAGUAUGCAUAUGAGAUUUUUAUGUAAACUAGGGGUUGGCCCGCCGGUGAGUUAACACUAAAACUAUUUUAUAUUAAAAUAUAUUUUUUAUUUAAUAAAUCAUUUAAAAUUUUACUUUAUUGAAUAUAAUAAAUAUAAUAUGUUCUUAUUCGAAGAUUAUAUUGUAAAUUUUACUCAUCGGCUUAUGGCUCUGGAAAGGUAUUAAACUUUUGUCGGUUUUGUGUACGUCAUACUUUAAGUUAAUAAAAAUCCAAUAGAAGACAAAAGAAAAAGAAAGUCUAAUUACUUAUAUUGUAAGUUCUUGAACUUUUUUUUAUGGUAAAAUAUUCAAUCAUUGUUUCGCUGAGUCAAUUUAAAUUCUUUUUAAUGUGAUUGUUAAGAUGAUUUAAUAUGGUUAUGUUCUGCUUUUUUACGGGUUAGAUUUUUAAUAUUUUUUUAUGUUAGGUCAUCUAUUUUAUUGAUACUUAAUAUUUUUUUUUCAUAUAUAUUUGUUUUAUGUUAGAUGUAUUGGAAAAUGAACAAAAUAAUGAAUAAAAAUUCAUUUGAGAAAUUGGAUAAAUAAAUUAAUAAGAAUUUUUGAUCAACUUGUUCUUUAAUAAAAGUAGAUUAGAAAUUUUCUUUUAUAACUUCAGUUUGUUCUUUAUCAAAAUCAGAUUAAAGAAAAAUAGAAACCAUAUUUUGACUGAGAAUAUUUGAAAAAAAUAUUAACAACACAUU